ACGCUCCGUGUCGUCAUCAGGCCUCGACAGAGGCUCUGCACGUGGGGGCGAGCGACGGCUGUUUUUAUGAGGAUUUAAAGCUGAAGCGUCAUGGAGAGAAGAGAGGAAGAGGAGGAGGAGAUGAAGACGACGGCUCAGAGAGAGGAAGAGGAGGUGGAGAUGAGGAAGACGACGGCUCAGAGAGAGGAGGGAGGAGAUGAUGAAGAGGAGGAACACUCAGAGGGUGAGGAAGCGAAGAGAAACGAUGAUGAUGAUGACGAUGCUGCGGAGAUGAAGAAGAAGACGAAGCAGAGAGCUGCGGAGCUGGCUUCCUUCCCAGACAGGAAGUGUGUCCCAGGUGUCGUUUACCUGGGUCACAUUCCUCCGAGGCUCCGCCCCAAACAGAUGAGGAACCUGCUGUCCGUGUACGGAGAGAUCGGACGCAUCUUCCUCCAACCCGAAGACAGCCAGCUGAGGUGGAGGAAGAGGAGGUCGGGGAUGAAGAGGUGUGACUUCACGGAGGGCUGGGUGGAGUUCAGGGACAAGCGCGUGGCCAAGAGAGUCGUGCUGUCGCUCCACAACACGCCGAUGGGCACCAGGAAGCGCCAACACUUCUCCUCCGACCUCUGGUCCAUGAAGUACCUGCACAGGUUCCAGUGGACUCACCUGAGCGAGCGGCUGGCCUUCGAGCAGACGGUCCUGCAGCAGAGACUCAGGACUGAAGUGUCUCAGGCGAAGAGAGAAACCAACUUCUACCUGAACAACGUGGAUAAGAGCGCUCGCAUGGACCACCUGAGGAAGAGGAGGCAGAGAGACGGACAGGAGGGGGUGGAGAAGACGUGGGACUUCACUCAGCGUGAGACGGAGGAAGAGAUCCAGGUGAAGAAGAUGAAGAGGAAGGACUCCAUUACCCAGAAGCACCUGGACAAGGCCCGCCUCAUACAGCAGCAGAGCCAAUCAAACGUCUCGCUGCUCGCCAAGAUUUUCAACUCCAAGAAAGCAGAGUGACCGCUCAUUGGUUGCUGAACCGUGUGUGUGUGUGUGUGUGUGUGUGUGUGUGUGUGUGUGUGUGUGUGUGUGUGUGUGUGUGUGUGUGUGUGUGUGUGUGUGUGUGUGUGUGUGUGUGUGUGUGUGUGUGUGUGUGUGUGUGUGUGUGUGUGUGUGUGUUAAUAAAGUGAUUUGAGACGGCAGAUGUUUGUGGACCUUGGCACACAGACUACACUCGGGUCCUGCUGCUGGAGGUGUUCUGGUCCCCUGGGGGUCGACAUGCACCUGUUGUGGAUCCACUUUGACUUCGACAAAAAAGAGUCGUUCGGUUUAUUAAAUAUUUAUAUAUAUUUA